AGGUUUGUCUUAUACACCACUUUUGAAAUAUGUUCAUGUUUUCUUCUUAUUACCAAUCAUUUUAAAGUUGUUUAAAGAAAUACUAUGUUUUAAAUGAUUUACAAUGGUUUUAGAGCAGUUAAUGAAUAUCAUUGAAUACCUGAAUACGUGAAUUACUUGUGUUACGUUUAUUUGGUUAUAAAUAAGUAGUUUGAAAUGUUAUCACAAUGUUAUCUGGCACUGCCAGUUUGAACUUUGUUUAGUGGAGUGAUAUUUAUAAUUAAUUGCUCUUGCAUGAAGAUACAUAUUUAGUUUGGUAACUGUUUAUUGCACACUAAAAAUAGUUCAUCGCUUUUGUUCACUGUCCUUCUUGUACAAAGCCAGUAUGCAGAGUUCAUCUGCAGCAGCUCCUCAUAGAUAAUGUAGGAAGUAAUGUAAGAGGAUAUCUACAGAAAAGACACAGGAGGACACACAAACACAUGCACCAUAUCAGAUGACUUUGCAUGCAAUGUUACAGUUAUUUAAAUGACUAUUUAAAUUUCUACUGCAAUGCAAUGGUUUAAUCUCCAUUUUUCUAAAUUAUCGUACAAAAGACGUAAUUUCACCCAGACUGCGGAAACCUUAGACGACAUUGGCAAUCUUUUUUUUUUUAAGAUUUAUAAAUCGUCUUACACUCUCUUGGACUGAAUCAUCUUCAUGCCAUCACAAUUGGACACAUUAUUAUUAUUAUUUUUUUUUUUAACUACACACAGAGAAAACUUUGAUGAUUUGCCAAAUGGUGACUGUCAUUAUUUCAUUUAGUUUCCUGCUUGGCAUGUCUUGCUUGCAUCCAUAUUUCUACCGUGUCCCUCCUCUCUUUUAUACCAUUGUCUCUCAAACAGAACCGAUCAGGACUAGUGCUGUAAAAUAGUAUUAAAUUAAGUAGGUGUCUCAGAUUGUACCUGAAUGGGAAAUAUUGUACUACAUUACACAAGGUGAAAUUUUGCUGCUAAACCUUUUCUUUAGAUUGUUGUAAAUUGCCAUUUAUCCAGCUUAUAGUCUGCCAGUUUUUUUUUUUUUUUAAAUCUAAAAGAUACUGCAUUAUGUUUAUCAUGCAUCUUAGGUAUGCACUGCUAUCAUUCGCUAUAUUCACAGCAUGAAUCUUCAUGUACUCUGAUAAUAACCUACUUUUCUUUACUUGCAGUAUCUCUUCCUCCCACUACACAUGCACACUUUGGACUCAACUGCUUUAAACCUCAUCAUGAAUUAAGUAUUGGAGUGUUGCGCUGAUGUGUAGCCUGAUGUCAUACUGGGCCUGAAGAGCUGAGAUAGAAGGCUGCAGAGUGAAAAUACAAGUGAGCAAAGGAGAGCAAUUGCACUUUUCAGUUUUGUGAUGACAUUUUUUUUCUUUUUAGUCUGUCUUUUGCCUCCCACAUAUAUGCUGUCCUCUUUCGUUCACUGCCUGCCUCCCUGAAUUUGAAAUGCUAAUAAUCUCCUCGGUGCUAGAAAUAUUCUGACUCCCUUUCUUCUAUCUGUCUCUCCCUCUCCUUUGCUCAUAUUUGUCUGUCAGCCACAAUUUCUCUGUGUUUUCCAGUAGUCUUUCUCUAGCCAAUCCUUGGUUCCUCAAUUCAUCAGUUCUGUCAGAGUUUCUCGGCUUUCCAUCUGUCAGUCAAUGUCAAAGUUUUGUUUGUCACAUGCACAUCAGUACUGUGGGAAAGAAACACUUUCUUUGCAAUUCUUAAAUAUGAGAAAGUAAUAAAGAGAACUGAUAAUAAUACUAUUAAUAAAGGGCAAAUAAAUAAUCAGUAAUAAUAAAUAAUGUUCAAUAUAUAGUUGAUACAUCAGUAAUAUAAAGGCAGUCAGAAAAGACAAACAAAAUGUGCAUUGUUUGUUCUCUGGUCUUGUUUCACUGAUUGCCCUCUCAAAUGUACUCAGCAACUGUUCCACGAGACAGUGAACCAUAUCAAAUUCCAGAAGCAAGGUUCCCUACUUUCAGUCAGUACAACAGCCUGAAACAAUGGGUUGAGUGUUAUGUUGUUAUCUCUCCAAGAAACAUCUUAGCUCUGGCAAUAAAAAAGGUCCAAAAUAGAUACAAGCCUCUGCAAAUAAGCCUUUACUAAUUCCCUGCAAAAAUGUCUGCUGCAUCUCCAAUGAGCAACAAAACUUCCCCUAGCAUAUCUCCACAGCCCCCUCUAAGCCCAACGGCACAGUCAGACAUAGAAGGUCAUGAGGGCCCAAAGCCUACUCAGGUAGCCUCUUUGCUUUCCUUACCAUGUUGGGCUACCCAGGCACUAUGUGAUUUAGCAAGAUGUGAAACAGAGCUCAGACGUCUGAGGGAGCAACAAGUGACUGAAGCGCAGACUGUAGGUCGAGGUGUGGAGCGUGCACUGCUUGGAGCACAAAGGGAGGAACGUCGUCUACUGGAAAGGGUAGAACAGGAUCACCGGGACCUACAGCGCAGACAGGUGCAGAGGGACAAUGGAGCAGCCAUAAGUGUUGGACAAAGAUUGAUAGACCAGCGAUUAUAUAAAGUCAUUAAACUUCGAGAGCUAAUAAAGAAAUGUGGUGGUGGGGAUGGUAAUAAAGAUCGAGAGUGCGAUCUGAAGCGGGACCAGCUUCUUAAGGGUGUUGCAGAACUAGUCCAACCUUGGGAAGUCUCGCUUACACUCAGUCGUGUAUCUUUUAAACCAAGUGCCCAACCAAAUGCUGUAACUUUUGGUGAAAUCAAAAUACAAGACCACAAUGUUUAUUUUCCUGUUGGAGGCUGUGGGCAGCAGGGGCAAAUGUGUUCCCUCCAUGCCAAUGAAGCACGCGGUGUGGCUCAUGUCAGUGGAGAGGGACUGAGCACACCUGAUGGAACAAGUCCUGGACAAAACCAAGUCCUAUCUCCAGGGCCUAAUCCAAGUCACUCAUCCAUUAAUAGUGGGAACUUGAGGGUUGUCCGGAAGCUCUGUUUGUCAGCCCCAAGUGAUGAAGAAUCAGGGGAAGAGGUGAAACGUCAGUCCCCACAACUGUGUCACAGAUCCCCUAAACUUGUCCCAUGUGAACGUGAUACAUCACAGGAGGAUGAGUGUGAAUCUCCUUCAUCUGAAUGCAAAGAAGAUGAGCUCUUUUUGGCUGUGCCAUCACUUAGUCAUGGUGAGUCAGAGGGUGAGGAUUUUGCCCGAAUACAAAAUGGACCAAUCACACAGUUUGCUUCACAGAGAGCAAGAAGGCAACAAGAACUCUCUCCAUCUCCAGAACAAGGUCAUCAAGAACAAGGUGGCUGGUUCUUGCAUCAGUUUGACCAUAAAAAUCAUGCAAGAAGGACUGGAUCUACAUCACCACAGAGCCCCAGAGAGAUCAUCUCUAGUCAAGGCAGCAACAACCACUUCCUUUGUGGUAGGUCUUGUUCUCAAUUAAGUGCAUCCUCAGAUGACCACCCACAAAACCGUGCACCAUCCCCUGCAGAGAGUGUAGAUUCUGGGUACACCUUCAUUAUCAGCGCCCCCAGAGAUUUUACCAACUCCCAGCGUCAUACUGCUCGCCUCUCCAGAUCAGCUGCUGACAUUUCCUACUGCAACAGACCCCUCAGUGAAACCAGAACACACCAAUCAAGCAUAUGGAGUGUAACUAAGAGUCAUUUAUCCUCACUCACAAGCCCCAACUUCCAAAAACGAAAUGAGGUAUCACGGACUAAAUCCUGUCCCAGUCAUGGUAACUUCUCUCAAAAGAACACCCAACAACAUGCUUCUUGUUCCAGUAGAGUGUCUCGUUCACUCUCUAUGUCUGUUAUCGAUAACUCAUCUCAGAAAAGACGGAACCACUUUACAUCAGGACGGCAGAAUUCUCUAAAUGAGAACAAAUUGCGUGGAGAGAGGAGUGAGCCAGCCCUUCUAGAGUUAGAGGAGGAUGCUGAAUCAUUAGCACCAGAGCAGGUGCGUCUUGUCCGGCAGUUUGGUAAACAAGGCUCAGGACGUGCUGAUCUCACUCUGCCCAGUGGUGUCCACGCAACACCGCAAGGUCAGCUGUUCUUUGUGGAUUGUGGGAAUGCUCGUGUCCAGGUAACUGAUGCCCAUGGCAAUAUCCUACAACAAGUGACUUCUCCAAGUAAUGACUUGGGAGGCUCCUCACAACGUUGCCGCAAUUACUUUGAUGUGGCUGUCAAUGCCAAGGGUUUGAUUGCUCUGAGCUGUGCAGCUGAAAGGGCUCUCCUGAUCCUUAGUCGGCAUGGGCGUCUUCUACAAACAUUUGGAGGGGGACCCUACAUUGCAGGAGUACCUCGAGAUGAGUUGGAAGCACCGAGGGGAGUGACAGUCACCCAAAGAGAUGAAUUCCUAGUUGCAGAUAUACGAAAGGGUACUCUUACAGCACUAAAACUUGAACCUAAAACUGGCUCCAGAUUGGAACGCACUGUGGUGACCGGUUUCCACAGGCCUUACCUGGUCGCAGCAUGCCUGUACUCUGGUCUGAUCGCAGUGUCUGAGCGAGGCAGUGAAAUAGGGCAGGAGCCUUGUGUGAAGAUUUUAGGGAUGGACACCCUACGAAUCCUGGGUGUUUGUUCUAGCUUAGGGCCCAUACUCUCCUGUCCUUGGGGCCUCUGCAUUGAUAAGGAUGGGUCUGUUAUGGUGGCAGACUGGGGAGAAAAACAUCGGGUACUUCUAUAUCCUUCUGAAGGGGCAGGACGAGUUAUUUUGUCUGAUGGACUUAGCAGCCCACGUGGACUGGCACUUUUACCUAAUGAUCUUCUAGUUGUGUCAGACAGCAUGCACCACUGCAUUAAGAUUUAUCAGUACAAAUGAAGAGUUGCCACAUACUGUAGCUCAAAAUUCAAAAGAAAAAUGUCACAUAAUGAGAUGAAUAUAUAUAUAC